CGCCAUUGUGAAGUUUACCCACAACAGAACCCAGAGCUCUCUCGCGCUUCUCUCUGACGGAACAUUACAAUUUUCACGAUCCUGUCGAUAAUAUCGUCGUUCUGAUAGCGCCACGAAAAAGGCCGCCGCCAUGAUGAUUUCGAGCUUGAGACACGUGCUGGUGCUUGCCUGAGUAAAAGGAGCGGUCGAAGGGACUGGAACGUCCUGCGUCUUCCCGAGGGGGCAGAUAUUUAUUAAAAGAGAAGGAAGAAGAACGUUGCCUCUCUGACGCACGGUUCAGUAAACCAAAGAAAAAUGGUUUUGUACAAUUUCAAGAAAAUUGCGGUUGUCCCAACCGCGAAGGACUUCAUCGACAUAAUCCUGUCGAAGACACAACGGAAGACGCCGACUGUCGUGCACAAGCAGUACAAGAUCACGAGGAUACGCGCCUUCUACACGCGGAAGGUGAAGUUCACCCAGCAGAACUUCCACGACAGAUUAUCCCAGAUAAUACAGGAGUUCCCCAAGCUGGACGACGUCCAUCCGUUCUACGCCGACCUGAUGAACGUCCUGUACGACAAGGAUCACUACAAGCUGGCGCUCGGGCAGAUAAACACAGCGAGGCAUUUGAUCGACAACGUAGCGAAGGAUUAUGUUCGUCUCUUGAAGUACGGAGAUACGUUGUAUCGGUGUAAGCAACUGAAGAAAGCCGCCCUGGGCCGAAUGGCCACCAUUAUGAAGCGGCAGGCGGCCAAUUUGACGUACCUCGAGCAAGUCCGUCAGCACUUGGCUCGACUGCCAAGCAUAGACCCUUACACGCGCACGAUAAUCAUAUGCGGGUUCCCAAACGUCGGCAAGAGCAGUUUUAUUAACAAAAUCACUCGAGCCGAUGUGGAGGUUCAGCCGUAUGCAUUCACGACGAAAUCCCUGUACGUCGGGCAUACCGAUUAUAAAUACUUGCGAUGGCAAGUGAUAGACACACCCGGGAUAUUGGAUCAUCCGCUGGAGGAGAGAAACGUCAUAGAGAUGCAGGCGGUGACUGCUCUCGCUCACCUGCGAGCCGCUGUGCUUUACUUCUACGACCUGUCGGAGCAAUGCGGCCAUACUCUGGAGGAACAAGUGAAACUUUUUGAAUCCAUUAAGCCUUUAUUCACGAACAAGCCUCUGAUGGUAGUCUUGAACAAAGUGGAUAUUUUACGUUUGGAGGAGCUAUCCCCGGAGAAGAGGGCUGUUCUGAAGCCGCUCGAGGACGACGCGAAUGUGCCUGUGAUGGAAAUGAGCACCGUCACCGAUUUCGGCGUGAUGGAAGUGAAGCUGGAGGCUUGCGAGCGACUUCUGGCCUACCGAGUCGAUCAAAAGAUCAGGACUAAAAAGGUGGAGGGGCUUCUCAACCAAUUGCACAUCGCUCAACCGAAAAAGGUGGAUCCCAAUCGCGUGCCGUGCAUACCGGAGAGCGUGCUGAAGAAGAGGCAGGCCGCCGCGGAGAAAACCGCGAGGAAGCGCAAAUUGGAGAGGGAGAUAGAGGAGGAGAUGGGAGACGACUACGUGCUCGAUCUGAAGAAGAAUUACGAUAUCGAGGGAGAUCAGAAGUACGACGUUAUCCCGGAGAUAUGGGAGGGCCAUAAUAUAGCGGAUUACAUAGACCUGGAUAUCUUCGAAAAAUUGAAUCAAUUGGAGAAGGAAGAGCAGUUGAGAGAGGAGGCUGGCUUCUACGAUUACAAGGUGCCGGAGUUGACGGAGACGAUGCGCGAGAUCGAGAAGCUGGCGAAGGAGAUUCGCGAGAAGAAGUUCGUCAUGAGGGACGAGGCGCGAAUAACGAAGGCCUCCACGAAGCCGGUUCUGCCGCGUACAGCCGCGGCUAAGACCCGCGGCCGAUCGGUCACGAGGCUGAAGGAGCAGAUGGAGGAGCUAGGCGUGGAUAUGGAAGAUACCGAAAACGCACACUUCACACGAACGAGAGGCCGGUCUAGGUCGCGUUCAGAGCCUGCUAGGAAACGCAUGCGUGUGGAAUCGGCGUCGCAGUCGCGUGCCCGCAGCGUUUCGAGACCACCGCGCAAUGACAUGGGCGUUAAAGAUGUAGAGAUGAAGGCGAAGCUGCAGAACGUGGCGUACAAAGUGCAGAAGAAGAAGAUAGCCAAGAAGGGUUUCAAGGGCGAGGGCGAUCGUUUUAUCGGCAACAAGAUGCCGAAGCAUUUAUUCUCCGGCAAGAGAGGAAUCGGCAAAACGUCCAGGAGAUAAAAAAUAUUUCAUUUAUAUCUCACAGGUUACUCACACUUCUUCAUUUAUAUCUUAUAUACCUCUGUAUAUAGAAAAAGAAACCGUCGUCUUUAUAAAUGUAAUUUUCAAUCCAGAUCUCUUUCUCUCUCUCGUAUUCAAAGUACUGCCGCGGAAUGUUUCAUUUACCGAUAUUAUCCUCGGAUGCUGUCGCUCGAAUAUUGUCGCUGACCGAUUUAUGUUUGAUUUACGAUCAAUAAUGACGUGCGAUUACGGUUUGUGAAUGAAGCUCGCGUCUCGCGUGUUUAUUGAAGAGACAUAGCGGAGACCGCUUUUCCAUUCCUCCGUUAUCAGCCGGCCAAAUAAGUAAUUUCCGCUAUGAAAAUAGUAUUUUUGUGACAGUCGUGGCAUGAAUGCGCGUGGUUGCAUAAUGCACACGAGGUAACCUUCGAACUCGAACGGGGUAAGCAGCGGUGUCACGCUCAAUGAAACUUUAUUGCUGUCGUGGCGAGAUAACCCCUCGCGUCGAUGGUAGAUUUCACAUUACAUUCUAUUCAUAAAAUCACAACGCUCGACUCGAGACGUCGAUUUAGUUUUACGAUUCUAAUUUUGAAAACGUCUGUAAGGCUACACCUAUAUAAAUAAUAAAAGUAAUGGAAUCUUAAUAAAUCACUAGACUUGUUCUAAUUUUGUGAAUUUCUAAAUAUUAUUUGAACAGCUGUUAAGAUAAGGAAUUAAAAACUUGUAAGAUUGUGAAAAACAUGAUUUUCUCUGAUAUUUUUGCUGAAAAUAAGAAUAAUUCUAAUUUCACGUAAUUUCAAAUUAUGAUUUAGUUAAAUACCAGCGUAAAGUAGUAGUAAGUGGAAGGUAGAAGAAAUAAACAAGCUUUUUUUUAUUGAAAAUUGUUAAAAGUUAUGUGUAACGAUCAUUGAUUAACGUAAAUUUUAGAUUGGACUAUUAUUAGCUUUCCAAGCUUCCGAAGAUCUCGAUUUAUCAAUGAUAAAAAUUAAUAUAGAAAUGUAAGGAGAAAAUUCUGCUCGUAUUUUGUAAAAAUACAUUUUAAAAUUCGCGCCGCUUUGGAUAUAAGUUUGCAUUAGCUCUUUCAAAUCAUGUUCUCCUUAUAUCCUCAUACCCUGAAUUUAACUACUAAAUUUAAAUAUUUAAAUUUGCGAAUUUAAAUAUUUUUGAAUUUGCAUCUUUCGAAGGACAGGAUAUUUGAAUCGUACUUAAGAUUAUGUAUUUUGCAACAACAUGCUGCUCUAAUCAUUUUGACGAUUUGUCGAGUGUAACGAAAACGGCAUGUUUCAAGUCUUAUCUCUUGUUGAUGCAGCAGUCAAUGAUUCCACAGAAAGUAAUCGAAUUUUUAUUUAAAAGAAAUUCGAUCGCUUGAUUAAAUCAAUGAAUUGAAUAAAUUAUUGAAGAUUUAAAAUAUAUCCUAGAUAGAUUGUUGACAAUUAUAAGAAACGUUUCUUCGAAAAGAAAAGAAAAAUCGAUAGAGAGAAUAAGACAAUCUUGUGUAUUGUUUUCCUGUAAAGUUACAAUAAAAAUAAAUAAUGUUAUAAAUUU